CAGCUGGGAAGGACAGAAGAGCCCGUCUGUUAGUGUUAUUCCCCGGUGUAGAUGUGAGACAGUGGGAGAGCACGCCGCCGAUACAACUCCCUAUUUCCAGCCUCCAACUGAACACAUUUUACUGAGGUUUCUCCUGGUUGCUGAUCUAAAGCAACCUCACCCCAAGUGAGGAGCAUCAUGACCCAGGAGGGGCAGGCUCUGCCGUCUCCCACUCCACCAGAAAACCCAGUGAACGCAGAUUCAGCCACCUUUACUGACACUUUAGCAGAAACACAGAACAAGGCAGAGCAGGAGAAGCAGGGGGCCGGGGCAGUGAACGAGGUAGAGGAAGGAAAACAACAAGUAGAGACCAGAGAAGGAGAGGAGGAGGCACAGCGGGAGACAACUGGGGAGGGAGAGGGGAAGGUGAAGGAUGAGGAAGGGGAAGGUGAGUUGGAAGAAGCAAGGUUAGAUAACAGUGGGGAUGAGGAUCCACAGACAGAGGGAGGGUUGGAGGGAGAGGAGGAGGGGAUGGGAGGGAAAGGAUGUGUGGAGGUUAUGGAGGUAAGCUCACCCGGGGAGGAGGUUGGACAUGAAGAGGAGAGGAUGAAAGAAGAAGAGGAGGGGAAGAAAGAUGAAGAAAUGCUACUAUCUACUGAGGAGGCAAAUCCCCCCAAACAGGCUGGAAGACUAGCAAAUGGCAUAGGUGGAAAUGAGAAGGAUGAUGAAGCAGGUGAGGAGGACGAAGGAGGAGACGAGAGGGGGACUCAUACACACUUGGACGCUUUCAGCUCAAACUUUGAGACAACGGUGGAACAGGCGGACACAGAAGUGGAAGAAGAGGAAGAUGUAAAUAAAGAGGGAGAAGUAACAGAAAAUCAGGACAGCUUCAGCUCUGUGUUUGAACAGAUUGUUGAGCAAGUUGAUGUUCAGGAGGAUGAAGAGGAUCAGGAGUUGGAGGAGGAGGAGGAGAGGGAAAAAGGUAGGGUGGACAACAAAGAUGGCUUUAGCUCCACUUUUGAACGCAUUGUAGAGUCUGCUCUGCUGAGGGGCGGGACCUGCUACAGCAGCCUGGACUCCUUGGAUGUUCUGUCACUCACGGAUGAGACAGACAGCUGUGUCAGUUUUGAGGCGCCACUAACACCUCUUAUCCAGCAGAGGGCGCUGUUUCAGGGACCUGAACCACUUGAGCUGGAGCUGGAAACUGUUCAGGAGCAAGAAGGGUGUGAGGCUGGACCAGAGUCCCCAGGUAGUGAACUCACAGCUGGAGAGAGUAUUGCUCUUGGAGCUGGAGUAGGAGGAAGCCCGCUGAGAACCACCAUACCAGGGAGCAGGUCCGAGUUUGUGUUGAGCCAGCCCGGGCGCUGGGCCAUUCAUAAUGGAUAUCAUACAGACUCCCAGGGAGCCAUUGAAGGCUGUGGAGCCAUGAUCAACUCUGUCAGUGAUGCCAACCUUGCAGACGUGCUGUCUGACUCAGAGGAGUGUGAUUUGGGCAGUCUGGAGCGUUUGGAGCGGGGUAGCACGGACACUCUGACAAAUGGCUGCCGAGCCGACAGUGAGGCUGCUAAAAGGCUGGCCAAGCGCCUCUAUCACCUGGAGGGCUUCAAACGCUGUGAUGUGGCCAGACACCUGGGAAAGAAUAACGACUUCAGCCAGUUGGUGGCCUCCGAAUACCUUGGCUUUUUUGAUUUCUCCGGCCUGUCGCUGGAUCGAGCCCUGAGAAACUUCUUAAGGGCAUUUCCCCUGAUGGGAGAGACCCAGGAGAGAGAGAGAGUCCUCGUACAUUUCUCCAGACGCUUCUGUCACUGCAACCCUCACACGGCAUCCUCUGAAGGUCAGAGAUGUGAGGAUGACGAUGACGGCGCCCACACAUUGACCUGUGCCCUCAUGCUGCUCAACACUGAUCUACACGGACAUAAUAUCGGAAAGAAGAUGUCAUGUCAGCAGUUCAUCAGCAAUCUAGACGGCCUCAACAAUGGUGCUGACUUUCCUAAAGACUUAUUAAAGGUCCUGUAUAACUCAAUAAAGAAUGAAAAGCUGGAGUGGGCCGUUGAGGAGGAGGAGCUGAGGAAGAGUCUGUCAGAGCUGGUGGAGGAGCAGUGUGAGGGUGGAAGUAAGCGUGUUGCCAGGGUAACAGACGGCAGUAACCCUUUCAUUGCCAUUCCCAUUCUAUUAAAUGCUGUCACCUACAAACACGGCGUACUGAACCGCAAGAGCCAUGCUGACAUGGACGGCAAACGCACCCCGAGGGGUCGCCGUGGUUGGAAGAAGUUCUAUGCAGUUUUAAAGGGGAUGAUCUUGUAUCUCCAGAAGGAUGAGUACAAGCCUGAUGCUGACAUUUCAGAGGUGGACCUGAAGAACGCAGUGCGGAUCCACCAUGCAUUAGCAACUCGAGCCAUGGACUACAGCAAGAAAGCCAAUGUACUGAAGCUCAAAACCUCGGACUGGAGAGUCUUCCUACUGCAGGCUCCUGAUGAGGAGGAGAUGAUGUCUUGGAUCUUCAGGAUAAAUCUGGUCGCAGCCCUGUUCUCUGCUCCGGCCUUUCCUGCUGCUAUUGGCUCCAUGAAGAAGUUCUGUCGGCCUAUUCUGCCGUCCUCCUCCACCAGACUCAAACAGGGGGAGCAGCUGCUGAGUCAUGAGAGCAAGCUGAAGCAGAUGAGCCUGGAGCUGGAAGAGCACCGGAAAAGCUCGCCCUCAGCUGACCCCAAAAGCCGUGAGUGGGAGGAGUUCCGGCUCAAAGAGCACUACCUCACGUACGAGAAAACUAGGUAUGAAACGUACAUCAGCCUCCUGCAGGCCAAACUCUGUGCAGAGACGGAUGACCUUGAGAAGAUUGAGGCCAGCGUGAUGGGUGGCCUGAUCAUUGAGGGUGGCCUGGCUGGCCGGGAAUGCCUCCUCCGCAAGACACAGUCAUCUCCGUCCAUCAGUCAGGCUCAUGGUGGGCUCAAUGGGCGGGCAGCUGCCCUAGGACACAGGAGCUGAGGCAAGGAAGGAAGACCAGAGACCACAACCCACUAAACAACAUCCUGCAGUUGAUCCUCCCACUUCUAUCUGGCUUUCCUCUUAGUAUUUUCUCGUUUUUGUUUUCUCUGUAGCUUCUGUUUCAGUAAGAGAACGGGCAGCAAUAAGAGAGAUUUCCAUACAUAAUCCUUCCCAGAUUUGUUUUUUACCAUGGUGAGAACGAGUUGCUAUCUAUAAGCAAUAGAUAAAGAUGUAGACCGAAUGUUUGAUACUCAACAAGUGACCCUGCCAAAACUCAUUUCUUUGAACUGUUAGUGUUGCACAUUACAUUCAUCUUAACUGUGAUCCCUAUUUAUGAAAAUAUCAUCAGUAUUAUUUUGAAAUGAAUCUCAGAGCAAUGCAGUUUUCUUUAUUUCAAAUGUGUUCUUUGUUAUGAGCAGAACUUUGAGUCAUAAAAAAGUAUUAAUUCAAGGCCGGAUAUAGUACUCACAGAGAGAGAGAGAGAGGCGGCUGCUUUGCCGUUGUGCUCUCUGUCCUGUCCUCGUCAUGCAGUCCAUGAGUCAGGCAGUGUCUCGGAAAGAGAUGGUACUACUGUAGCAUUUUGGCCUUUUAUUUCUCUCAUUUACGCACCUAACAAAACACAAGGACCUACAGUACGGGUGGAGUGUGACAUGUUUAUGAUACAGCAUACUCUUAUCGGAGUUUCAGAAACUCUGAUAAGAGCCUUUAAGAAGGACCAAGUCCCUGCCAUGUAUAGCAUAUUUAUUUAUUUAUUCCUUCAAUCCUUUAUUCACAGCAGUAGAGCAUGCUUACUCUUUUUCAGCAUUUCCUUCUUGACAUGCAUUCAGUCUCAUUUAUAUGUACCUGUGAACGAGCUGCCAAGUGGAACAACGUUGGUUUGAAUUGUUCAAUAUGCUGUUUCUCUAUACUGGAGGUGGAGUGCCUACUUGUUGAGAGAUUGGGGUGUGUAAGUCACCUCCUUUACAAAGCAAUCAAGUAUAUUCCUUGUGUUUGUUUUAAGCUGUCUGUGCUCCAAAUAUUCACAUGUAUUCAAUUACUAUUUUUUUUUUUUUUACAACUUAAACCUGAACUGAAAAGAAUAAUAUGUGGCUAAAUAAAUUCAUUGUGCCAUGUUUUGAUUUAUACCAAAAACAUGUGCACUGAGCUGAUUGAGAGUGUGUGUGUGAGAGUGUGUGUGUGAGAGUGUGUGUGAGAGUGUGUGUGUGAGAGUGUGUGUGUGAGAGUGUGUGUGUGAGUGUGUGUGUGUGAGAGUGUGUGUGAGCGUGUGUGCACAGGCUUGUUCAAUGGCAUGCAAGGUGAGGUGGUUCCAGUGAAAAGAUGUUGAAGCUGUUGGCAUUGGGGAGUAAACACAGCAGUCAGAAAAUGUUUCACAGGACUUUAUUGAGCAUGUUUGGUGAGGAAACAAUACAAUGGCCUUCUGUUGAACAACACAGCCUUCACAAACAGGCCUGGAUCAAAAGCAUCUUCAGCCCUCAGGCAGCCGUUCUCCUCCUGAUAACAUUUGUAUAUUGAACUGAAACAGAUCCAACAAAUAUCUUUUCAAUUCCAAUUUAAAAACAUAGAAGUAGCUGGCAUGGCCUCAUAUUGGAAAUCAACUAGUGUUUGUGUUUAGAGAAUAAGAUGUUUUUGAGGAAGAUUGCACUUAUUUCCCAAAAUCUUAGAGAGGAUGGUAGUGUAGCAGAACAUGUCAUAUUAAGCCUGUUUCUAAUUGGACGAAAACUUUUUGUAAUUUUAGGAAGUAGGAGAUGGGGUGGGAGGGAUGGUGGUACUGCUAUUUAUGAGCACCUUAAUAUUUACAGACCCAACUAAACACACACACAUUUCUCUUUUUAUGUAAUUUGCUUAUGACACAACUGUAGAUCAGUAAGUGUAGUUCUUCCUCUGUCCCAGUGUAGCUCAGAAGUAUAUCCACAGAACUGGACCGGUGGAUAUAGACAGUAUGAACAGUAACAUCUCCGCUUGUCACAGCAUAUAACACAUUUAUAGUUUCCAAUGAGGCCUGGGAUCCUUUUGAGACUGAGCUGGAAACCUGGAACCACAACUGGAAUCCUGGAAUUGAAUGCUUGUAGAGACUAAAAUGCUGAAGUGGAGCUGAGUUUUUCAAAAGAAAGUACCUUUUUUUUUUUAUAAAGCUGAACUGUUUGGAUGAAUAAAUGCUUUCUUACACGGAGACUUGCCCCCUUAUAGUCACUUUGGCUGUUGUGAUAACCAGUGUUUCCCGAUGUUCUAGGGUAGGUCUGUGCUGUAUUAUAGGAUUGUUUAUAUGUUUAUUUAAAUAAGUACAACCUUGGCACUUUGAUGUCGGUGUUGGGUCUGCUUUUUUGUUUGUAUAUUGGAACUUUUCUGACAGGAUGCUCACACUAUAAAGGACGUAUUUACUGAGUUUAAGUCUGUGCUUCAUAAAGUCAACUUUUAUACAGA